AUGCCGCAAUCAGCAACGAAGCCGUCACGAGGAUUCAGAUUCGUUGGGGGGCCCAGCCGUAAACGCAAGCCGAACUCUACCCCUUACCGUCAUAACCGAGCUCGUCGCAAUUUGAACGACCAUUCUCGAGAUCAUCCAGAAUUCCCGGGUGUCACGAAUGGCGAUCUGCAUUCUGCGGCUAAUUUGAAUGCCCAGGCAGAGGGGCUGUCGCAGGAUUGCAUUACUGUAAGACCGGAGGAUGAAUCUGGAUCUCGGACGCCACAGCCCAUGAAUAUGAACGAAGGAGCGUCUUCAGAGCCAUCAGGGCUUUCUGGUACCACACUACCUCCAACUACGCCUUCGUCAUCGCAGAUGCCUGGAAUAGACGCGACCUUACCCAUGCAAGCCCUGCCUGUGUCGAAUGUUGAUCCUUUCUGGGGAGCCAACGGGCAGUUCACGGGCUACGAAUUCGACUCCAUGGAAUUUUCCUCACUGUUGACACCAUUCCUGGAGACCCUAGAUGGCCUUGCUGGAGUCGAUGACUUUUCCUCCUGUAGUCCGUCGGGCACUGAUGCCUCCGAGAAUCUCGAAUCACAGAGAGACGACCAAAUGCAAGGUAUCUCAAGCCAAGUUGACCCCGCUAUGAUCUCGGUGCACCGAGCAUCAAGGACCAUCGAAUCGCCGAAGGUCCCAUCACCGAACGAGGUGACUAGCACACUCGAUGACCUUCUGCUUCAGUACGACCAAGAGUUCUGCGUACUCCCAUUGACAUCUGAUUUUGACGCCAACCCUUUCAGAUGCGGGUCCUUGAAGUGGAAGAAAUCCGAUAUACUCCUCCACUCGAUUCUCGCAUUAUCCUAUCGACAUAUCAAUCGGGUCACAGGGAAGUGUGGAAGAGAAGCUAGCCAGCACAAAACGACUGCUUUAAAAAUGCUUGAAGAGAUCUUCUUGAAGCGGUCCUCAUUCUAUUCACUCUCAACGUACGUUUUGCCGAAUAGGGUGCUUCUCAAAUCAUCAACUGACCGCCAAAAGUGCUCUUUAUCUGCGUAUGGCUCGUGGACGUCGCAGCUUCACGCUGCACAUCGGGUUCUCACAACAUUUGAUAAGUCCGGAGGAAAACGAACGCCUAGAGUAGAGGCUCAGAUUUCCAUGCUCAUUUGGUGGGACGUGACUUUAGCUCUGACAAAACGAAAGGGCUGCGUUCUGCCUCACACAUAUCACUCCAAUCUUCAUUAUCAGACUCCCGAUAAUGAAAAGGCAUUCUACAACGUGUCUGGUUGUCCAGAAGAGUUAUUUGGAUAUAUGACACGUUUAGCAAUGUACGCAAGAGAGUUUGAGCUCGCCACCACGAUGACAUGCGUCACCUUUGAUACAGGUCCUGUCCUGUCGGUGGAGCAAGCUAUCAAAGACUGGAGGGCACCUGCAUAUUCGGACUGCGUUGAUAUCGAAACCUUGGAGAACGAAGGGUCCCAGAAUGUGGAUCAGCAGGAGAUUGAAGAAGCAUUGAACUACAAGCAAGAUCUACACCACUGCGCCGAAGCUUGGAGAUAUGCUCUGCUUCUUUACAUUGAGAGAGUAUUCAAAUGGGACAGGAAGUCUACUUCCCUUCCAGUUUUGGGUUUGCUGGCCCGAAAAGCUCUCAAUCAUGUCAGCUCGUGCCGGCGAGGCACCAUGCUGCAAAAGCAGCUCCUGCUCCCAACCUUCUUGGCAGGGUGCGAAACAACGAAUUCGGAGCUGAGAGAACAGGCGAAGCAGUAUUGCGAGUGGUGGAAUGAUAAGACAAGGUAUGACAUGUUCUUGACAGCUGCCGCUCUGCUCGAGGAAGUAUGGGCAAAAUACGGAUCCGGAAGUUGGUGGGGGUCUAUCAUGGACGAGAAGUGUCAGCCAGGGGCACAUGGAUACACGCAAAAUCAGUAUCUGCUAGGAUGA